AUGCUGGACCCCAAAAGUGAACUGGAGUUUUUUAACGAAGAAAAUAUGGAGGAGAUCUCCCAACUCGCUUCCCUGGAGAUGUCAGGGGAUGCAGCAGCCAGGAGAAAAUCUGCAGCUGUUGUCCCAGGAAAAUCUGGCUAUCCAGACUGCGUGUAUGUUAUGGCAGCGAACAUUUUUCAGGGUAUACGAAUCGAAAAGCCACCAGACAAAGCCAUAAUAAAGUACGGGAAUGAACCCCUGCCGUCCUGUUACCAAUCGGAGGAUGAAUCUUUCCAGCGCUUGUCCUAUGAGCUGGCUUUCAGUGCCCUGAAGUAUCAAGAUAUUUUAGAAACUAUGUUAAUAGACAGCUAUAUCUUCCCAAGUACCACAAUACCAGAUCAUUUGGGCAGUCUUAUUAUUGUGAUGCUGUACGAUUUCCAAGAUAGAAAAUUUCAGUCCCGUGUCCUUUCCGAUAAUGAAGAGUCUAUAUCAGAGGUUCAAGAAGUGGAGAGCCUUCUAAACAGCUUUAAGACAAAAUUGGCUGCAGCAUUGGCGAGAUGUCGAAUCAAACAUGACGCCCUUUCCAUUUACCACAUUCUACCAGAGACAGUUAGGAAACAGGAGCAAAGGGCCUCUACACUGCCUCUGUAUGCUUGGAUAAAUACUGGUAAAAUCAGCCUUGAAGAAGUUUAUAGUAACUUGAAGAAAAAAGGUUAUAAUAAAGUCAAGUCUGUGUUGCAUCUGGAAGACAAAGCCUUUGCUGUGGAUCAGCAUUGCUAUGAUGUCGUAAUUUUCCCAGCUCAUCUCAAAAAAGAUCUUGUAAACAUCGAUCUUUUCAAAGAUUAUAAACUUAUUUUUCAGGACAAAUCUCGAAGUCUUGCUGUUCACUCUGUAAAAGCUUUAUUAAAUAUGGAUGAUGAUAUCUUAAUGGUCAACAUGGGCUCAUGGUACACCGUCGCCCAUAUGUCAAUCUUAACAAAUAAUAAUACCUCAAAAAUAUUUGUAUGUGGAAUACAAUCACAAGAUAAGGAUCCUGAAAUGAAGAAACUUUUUACAAAAAUGGGAUGUCAAAAUAUUGAGAUUCUUCAGGAGACAUUUGUCAGCUUGGAAUCAAAGGACCAUAGGUUACAGAACGUCAAGGUCAUUCUGCUGCUGCCUCGCUGCUCAGCACUAGGUGUUAGUAACCCAGUGGAAUUUAUCUUAAAUGAAAAUGAAGAUACAAGUUUACUUCAAGAUCUUUCUCAAGGUGGUCCAUCAAAAAGUAAACUUGAGAUUCUUGCUCAGCAGCAAUAUGAACAGCUAACACAUGCAAUGAAAUUUGCUAAAGCUCAGGCAAUUGUUUACUGCACGUGUUCUGUUUAUGCAGAAGAAAAUGAAAAUGUUGUUAUGAAAGCACUGGAAUCUCAAACCCAAGGGAUUAAAAUACAACCUUACAGACUCAGUCCUCCUGUUCUUCCACUGUGUUCUUUAAAAGACAUAAGAUUGUCUAUGGACAAAUUCUUCAGAGUAGAACCAUCUGAUGUUACCAAUGGUUGUUUUAUUUCUAUUUUAACAAGAGAGCGAGACCCAUCCGAGACCGUGUCUGUGAAGGAUGUUCUGGCCCGAGCUGCAGCCAAAGGUCUAUUGGAUGGGGUUGAGGUUGGGAAGACAGGCAAACGGGAGAAGAAGAGGAAGAAAUCCAAAACAUUACUGCCCAAAGCUCCUGUUAAUGAAACAAAUGACAUCCAAGUGAAAAUCAACGAGUUCCUGAACCGAGAAAGUAAAGCAAGUACUAACCGAGGUGAGGUGUUAACAGCAAAAACAUCUCUCCCAUCAAAAACUGUGUCUCAAAUGGGCGCUUCCUCCCACGUCAGAAAAACCAACAAGCAAGCCACCAGUCCUUUAGCGACCACAUUGACAAAGAACACUAGGCCAGAAGAACGGCACAUAACCUUGAGACGAACUCGGCCAGAAGGCAAAACGAUUCCCCUGAAAUCCGUUGAGAUCGUUUUGCCUCCAGUAAUAUUCCCUUUCUCGAGUGCUCAGGGGGCCAGAUCUCAGACGCCAACAAACCACUUGUACUAUCGCUUGGGUGGAUCAAAGGCUGGCUAUCUUACAUCAGCACUUAAAAAAGGGGAGAAACCUAAGGAAACCACAACUUCCCUUCUCAGGCAUCCCAGACCAUGGCUUUGA